CAUGAUUGUCUGCCUCCUCACCGACAUGUACGGCGUCUACAACAUGGGCACCAUGUACGGCUUGAUCAUCACAAGUUGGUCCAUCGGUAUGGUCAUCGUCGGCGAGUCCUUUGGAGGCAUGCAGAGCGUCUUCUACUGCCAGCUUCGCGUCCUCUGGGGUGUGGCGAUCGCAGGCUGCGUCCUCAUGCUCUUUGUGCGUACCAACUCAAAGGACCGGUUCUUCCGCGGCUACCAGCUCACAAUUUGGAACAAGGUGUGGAUCCAGUGGCCGAUGCCAGCAGCGUCGAGCCACGUGGAAAACGACGACGACUACCACGACAUUGUUUUGCUGUCACUGGACACGAAAUCUUCCUUUAUGUGGAGCUCGGAAUCUGAAAUGGACGCGCCGCAUCUGCCAGCGACAAGAGAGCUAACUGUCUAA